AUGAGUCCAAAGGCCAACAGAGGCACUAUUGAUAGUCAUAUCAGUAAUUUGCUGUUUUAUCUCCACGGUGGUGUCACAGGGUCUCUGGUCACCCUUUCAUGCCUUUCCCACCGGGUCAUGUGCCAAGUGAUCAGUGAUGCUGACCCAGCUGACUCUGUCCAGGACAAUGGGACUUUGGAUAACUUCUGGGUAACUCAGCUGGAAAGCAAUUAUGGAUUCUACAUUGGCCUGGGCUUGGCUGUCUUCUCCAGCUUCCUCAUCGGAAGCAGCGUCAUCCUCAAGAAGAAGGGGCUGCUACGGCUGGUGGAGAAGGGAGGCACCAGGGCAGGAGACGGGGGCCACGGCUACCUAAAGGACUGGCUCUGGUGGGCUGGCUUGUUAACCAUGGGUGGAGGGGAAGCUGCCAACUUUGCCGCCUAUGCCUUUGCUCCUGCAACUAUUGUCACGCCUCUGGGGGCUCUGAGCGUGCUCAUAAGUGCCAUCCUGUCUUCGUAUUUGCUUGGAGAGCGGCUCAACCUGCUGGGAAAGCUGGGCUGCAUGCUGAGCCUUGUGGGCAGCACCGUGAUGGUGAUACAUGCCCCAGAGGACGAGGAGGUCACCACUCUGGAUGAAAUGGCUUCUAAGCUGAAAGAGCCAGGUUUCCUCACUUACGCUGCGAUCCUCUUGGCUCUUUGCUUCCUCUUGAUCUUCUACCUCGCACCCCGCUAUGGCCAGAGCAACAUCCUCAUCUACCUCACCAUCUGCUCCGUUAUUGGUGCCUUCUCUGUGUCCUCAGUCAAGGGCCUGGGUAUUGCCAUCAAGGGCUUCUUUGCUGGCCGGCCUGUGCUGCAGCACCCGUUGACAUGGAUCCUAGUCAUCACGCUGGUGGCAUCCAUCACUACACAAAUUAACUACCUCAAUAAGUCUCUAGACAUUUUCAACACCUCUUUGGUGUUUCCCAUCUACUAUGUGCUGUUCACCACCAUCGUCAUCGCAACUUCCAUCAUCCUCUUUAAGGAGUGGGUCACCAUGACUGUAGUGGACAUCAUUGGGACAGUUUGUGGCUUCCUCACCAUCAUUUUGGGCGUGUUUUUACUCCAUGCCUUCAAAGACAUGGACGUCAGUUUAGGGAAUCUACCACAAGUCCUCCAGAAUGGACAGCAAGCGCCAGUCACCCGAGAUGACAAGAACAUCCUGAUAGAAGUGGACAACUCCAGCAUCGCCCCAGAGGAUAAACCCAAAGUAUUCAUGAUCUACACCUAG